AUGCCCGGUGGGAACUGUGACCGCUACGCUCUCUGCAACGCACUGAUCAAAGCAUCUGGUCUGAAGCUGCGGUUCUGCACUAACGAAACCCAAGCGACCCGGGAGAAGUUUGUGAAGAAGCUCCAGGGCAUGGGCUUUGACAUCUCCGUGGCCGAAGUCCCUGCCCCAGCGCCCGCAGCCUGCCGCAUUUUGAAGGAGCGCAGCCUGAGGCCGCAUUUGCUCGUGCACAACGAUCUUGUCCCUGAAUUCGCUGAGAUUGAUAAAGCAAACCCAAACUGUGUGGUUAUCGGAGAUGCAGCGGAAAACUUCACCUAUGCAAACCUUAACGAAGCUUUCCGAGUUCUGAUUGGGAUGGAGAAGCCUGUUUUGAUCUCCCUUGGAAGAGGACGCUACUAUAAAGAAACUGAUGGUCUGAAACUUGAUGUUGGAGCAUAUAUGAAGGCAUUAGAGUACGCUUGUGAUGUUGAAGCUGAGGUAGUGGGAAAACCAGCAAAAAUGUUUUUUGAGUCAGCCUUAGCAGAAAUGGGAGUUCCGCCACAACAGGCCAUCAUGAUUGGAGAUGAUAUUGUGAAUGAUGUAGGAGGUGCCCAGCGGUGCGGGAUGAGAGCUCUGCAAGUGCGGACGGGGAAGUACAGGCCUUGCGAUGAGAACCACCCCCACGUGAAGCCUGACGCCUACGUGAACAACCUCGCCGAAGCGGUCGACGUGAUCCUCCGGCAGCUGUAA